AUGGCACUACUAGUCGACAAACUACGGCCACGGUCGCUGGACGCACUCACAUACCAUUCAGAUCUCUCAGACAGAUUAUCAUCGCUUGCCUCAUCACCCGACUUCCCACACUUGCUCUUCUACGGCCCAUCCGGCGCCGGCAAGAAGACCCGCAUCCUCGCCACCCUCCGUGCCCUCUACGGACCCGGCGUUGAGAAGAUCAAGAUCGACGCCCGCAUCUUCCAGACAUCAUCUUCCCGUAAACUCGAAUUCAACAUCGUCUCCUCCGUCUACCACCUCGAAAUCACUCCCAGCGAUGUCGGCAACUACGACCGCGUCGUGAUCCAAGAGCUCCUCAAAGAAGUCGCGCAAACUCAACAAGUCGACCUCAAUGCACGCCAACGCUUCAAAGUAGUCGUCAUCAACGAAGCCGACAGCCUGACUCGAGAUGCCCAAGCCGCCCUCCGUCGGACAAUGGAGAAAUACAGCAACAACGUGCGGCUGAUUCUGGUCUCGAAUUCUACGGCGGGCAUCAUCGCGCCCAUCCGCUCACGUACCCUGCUCGUCCGGGUCGCCGCGCCCACCGAGGCCGAGAUCGUCACCGCCCUAGCCAAAGCAGUUUCCUCCCAGAAGUCAUGGAAAGCUGUCCCCGCCCUCAACGCCCGCAUCGCACACGAGUCCGGCCGCAACCUACGCAAAGCCCUGCUCAUGCUCGAAGCCGUUUACGCCUCUACCCCCGAACCCAGCGAGAAGACACCCAUCCAACCACCCGACUGGGAAUUUCUCAUCACAGAGAUCGCAAAUGACAUGAUCCGAGAGCGCUCGCCAGCACAGAUCCUCAACGUGCGCGCGAAGCUGUAUGAUUUGCUGACACAUUGUAUACCCGCCACGACGGUGCUGAAGACGCUGACGUGGAAGUUGUGUGAGCAUAAGGCGGUGGAUAAUGAGAUCAAGCCGAAGAUUGUGGAGUGGGCGGGGGAGAUGGAGCAUCGGAUUCGGUUGGGGAGUAAGGUUAUCUUCCAUUUGGAGGCGUUUGUGGCGCGGUUUAUGAGGGGGUAUGAGAGUUGGCUGGUUAAAGGGGAUCUGUGA